AAGGGGCGGGGCGUGGGAGACGCUCGUACGUCAGUAGGGGGUGACGUCACGCAUGCGGAAGCAGGGCAGAGGCCGGAAGCUUGGCACGGAGAGAGAGAGCCGGCCGCUGACAUCUGCUAGUCUGGGCAUAGCCAACCUGAGGCUGCCCGGGGUCCGUCAUCUACAUUGCCGGCAUGUCUCUCCUUCAGUCCGCUCUGGAUUUCUUGGCCGGGCCUGGCUCCAUGGGGGCCGCCGGCAGAGACCAACAUGACUUCGUGGGGCAGACUGUGGAGCUGGGGGAGAUGAAGCUGCGGGUGAAGCGGGUGAUCGCUGAGGGUGGAUUUGCAUUUGUCUAUGAAGCUCAAGAUCUAGUCUCUGGGAAAGACUAUGCACUUAAGCGAUUGCUGUCCAAUGAAGAAGAAAAGAAUAAAGCAAUUAUUCAAGAGAUAUGUUUCAUGAAAAAGUUAUCUGGCCACCCAAAUAUUGUCCAGUUCUGCUCAGCUGCAUCAAUAGGAAAAGAGGAAUCGGAUACAGGCCAAGGAGAAUUCCUGCUGCUCACAGAAUUAUGCAAAGGACAGCUUGUAGAAUUUCUGAACAAGGCUGAAAGUAAAGGUCCUUUGUCCUGUGAUACUAUAUUGAAGAUUUUUUACCAAACAUGUCGAGCAGUCCAGAAUAUGCAUAAACAGAAACCUCCAAUAAUCCACAGAGAUCUUAAGGUGGAAAAUUUGCUUAUAGGUAACCAAGGAACUAUAAAACUGUGUGACUUUGGUAGUGCAACCACAAUUGCACAUUACCCCGAUUAUAACUGGACAGCACAGAGGAGAGCAACAGUUGAAGAUGAAAUGGUUAGAAACACAACACCAAUGUAUAGGACCCCAGAGAUUAUAGAUUUGUACUCAAACUUUCCAAUUGGAGAAAAACAAGACAUAUGGGCUCUUGGAUGUAUUCUGUACCUACUGUGCUUCAAGCAACAUCCAUUUGAAGAUGGAGCCAAGCUUCGUAUAGUCAAUGGGAAAUAUUCAAUACCAGAAGACGAUACAAAAUACCUUGUUUUUCAUGGCCUUAUUAAAUCCAUGUUAAAAGUGAAUCCUACUGAAAGACUGUCCAUCACAGAAGUGGUCAGUCAUCUACAGGACAUUGCAGCAGCAAGAAAUGUGAAUCCGAAAUCUCCCAUCACUGAGCUUUUACAGCAAAAUGGUGGAUAUGGUAAUACUGUGACGCAGAAACCUUUCAAUGUCAUACCACAAGGCUCCAAGCCCCAAGGGCCCUCAGGUGUCAUUGCUGGAGAGGAAGAUCAGACGACUGGAGGCUUUUUUGACAUUUUGAAGGGAGGCACGGAGCGAUUCCUCAGUAAUAUAAAAGACACGUCUUCAAAGGUUAUACAGUCUGUUACCAAUUACGCUAAAGGAGAUUUGGAUUUAUCAUAUAUCACUUCUAGAAUUGCAGUAAUGUCCUUUCCUGCUGAGGGUGUGGAAUCUGCCAUAAAAAAUAACAUUGAAGAUGUCCGUUUGUAUCUUGAUGCAAAGCAUCCUGGGACUUAUGCUGUUUAUAACUUAUGCUUAAGGAAAUACCGACCUUCCAGAUUUCAUAACCGGGUCUCUGAAUGUGGUUGGCCUGGAAGACGUGCCCCAAAUCUCAUGAACCUCUACAGCAUCUGUAAAAAUAUGCACCAAUGGCUGAAACAAAAUCCCAAAAAUGUUUGCAUUGUACACUGUCUUGAUGGUCGCGCCGCCUCAGCUGUUGUGGUAUGUUCCUUCUUGUGCUUCUGCCACCUUUUUACCACUGCAGAAGCUGCUGUGUAUAUGUUUAGCAUGAAGCGAUGUCCACCUGGCAUCUGGCCUUCUCAUAAAAGAUAUAUAGAAUAUAUGUGUGAUAUGAUGGCAGAGGAGCCAAUAAUUCCCCAUAGUAAGCCAAUUCUAAUCAAGGCUAUAGUUAUGACUCCAGUACCACUCUUUAGCAAGCUGCGCAACGGCUGUCGGCCCUUCUGUGAAGUAUAUGUUGGCGAUGAGAGAGUGGCAACUACUUCUCAAGAAUAUGAUAAAAUGAGAGACUUCAAAAAUGAAGAUGGCAAAGCUGAAAUUCCUUUAGAUGUGACGGUACAAGGAGAUGUCUUAAUAGUCAUAUACCAUGCAAGAUCUACACUAGGGGGCAGGUUACAAGCAAAGAUGACCUCAAUGAAGAUGUUUCAGAUACAGUUUCAUACUGGAUUUGUACCUCGUAAUGCCACAACUGUGAAGUUUGCAAAGUAUGAUCUAGAUGCAUGUGAUAUACAGGAAAAAUACCCAGAUCUGUUUCAAGUGAAUUUGGAGGUGGAAGUCUCUCCUCGAGACAGGCCGGCAAACAACAUUCCACCCUGGGAAAAUCUUAACACCAAGCGGUUGACUCCGAAGAUUCUCUUUUCCAGCCGAGAAGAACAACAGGAAAUGCUGUCUAAAUUUGGAAAACCUGAAUUACCCAGGCAACCGGGAUCAACUGCACAGUACGAAGCUGAAAUCUCCCCAGCAGAACAUUCCCCAGAACCACCGGAUUCUAAUGAACAGAAUAACUUUUUUCAAACUCUUGACUGGCAAGAUCAGAUGGAAGGGAGGGAAGUAAAUACUGCAGCCCCAGAAGAUCACAAUGAGAGUACAAGUGACAACAAAAGUGAACCUUCCGAUGAGGACUUCUAUGACUUUGGUCAAGUGCAUAGUGCACUAGAAAAUGAAGAACGGGGCACGAGCAUCAUAUUACAUGAAACAGAAUCUACAGAUAAUUUAUUUGAAUCAGAGAAUAGCUCAGACACUCCAAAAACUAAAGAUGAAGAUGUAGAAGCAGAUUUAUUGGGACUAAAUUCAGCCCCUGCAACUACAACUAUAGACAGUAACGCUGUAUCUUCCCAAAUAAAGGAUUCUUCCAGCAAUGCAGCUUUAUUAGGCAAUCUCUUCUCAGACAAUCCUUUUUCUACUGACUGCAAAACUGAUAAUCUGCUAGGAUCUGGGGAAGAAUUCUUUUUUAGUGACGCAGCUAAAACUUCUGCAGGAUCAGGCUCCUCUUUUGACACCACAUUUUCUGCUUCUGAUCCUUUUGAUCCAUUUGCAACAACUGUAUCUGAAAAUAAGUCAGGCGGUCCAGAUCUGUUUGAAGGACUGAUCAGCCCACACUCUGCAUCCACUCCUAAUGUGUAUCCUUCCACACACACCGCUCCACCUCCUGCCUCAAGCAUGGACUUCUUAAACUUAGAUAAUUUACCAACCACUCACUCGAAAAUAGUUUCUUCUGCAAGCAAUCCAGAUCUUUUGGGAGGAUGGAAUUCAUGGGAGGAACCCUCUAAACCCAGCAGUACGUUUCUUUCGAAACCCAAAAAAUCAGGCUUUGAAGGUUCAGUCCAUACACCCUCUAGCCAGAUGACAACGUCUUCUAGUUCAUCUUUUGUUCAAGCAAAAUCCUCCAGUUUUGAUCCGUUUGCAGAUCUUGAUAGUCUUGGUUCAUCGCUCCAAAACAAAGGAUCUUCUUCACAGUUUUCUGCCCGGCCCAAUGACAAAUCAUUUCAAAACAAUUCCAAACCAGCUCCAAAACCACAAACCACUAACACAUCAUGGCAAUCUCAGCCGAAAACUGUCAUCAACACUAAGCCUAAUUACAGUGCAAAUUUUAGUGUGAUUGGUGGCAGAGAAGAAAGAGGCAUAAGGGCUCCAGGUUUUGGUCCAAAACCAAAAGUGACAGAAAGUGACUUUGGGGAUCUGCUCACCAACCAGGGAUUUUCUUCAAAAACUGACAGGAAGGGUCCAAGGACAAUUGCUGAAAUGAGAAGACAAGAGAUGACUAAAGACAUGGAUCCUCUAAAGCUGAAAAUUUUAGACUGGAUUGAAGGAAAAGAAAGAAAUAUAAGAGCUUUAAUAUCUACACUUCACACUGUGCUUUGGGAAGGAGAAACAAAAUGGAAACCAGUAAACAUGUCUGAGUUGGUAACACCAGAUCAAGUUAAGAAAUACUACAGGAAAGCAGCUCUUGUGGUUCAUCCUGACAAGGCCACCGGACAACCUUAUGAACAUUAUGCCAAAAUGAUAUUCAUGGAAUUAAAUGAUGCCUGGUCAGAAUUUGAAAACCAAGGAUCAAGAGCCCUUUUUUAAAAGCGAUCAUCUUAAAAGACCUGUAUUCGUGUAUCUGGUCUGUUUGUUUUUAGUUGGUUCCACUCUGGUUUUAAGCUGUUCUUCAAACUCCAGAACACAAUCUUUGUGUACAUACAUUAGGAUAGUUUUUCUUCAUUGCUGACCGGCACUUUAUCAUUUGAUGUAACUGCAUUCCAGACCAUGUGUUUUAGGGCAUUAUUCAUACCAUCAGUCAGAGCAAACUGUUGGACUUGCCUGAUCAGUGAAUUUCAGUUUACAUACCAAGCCUGGAAACCUGCUAUAGUCAAUGAUGGACUUUAAUUUUCUUGAUGCAUUUGUUUUCUAAAAAUUGCUAGAUGUAAAUUUUUCAGUUAUAGUAAAUAUAUAAUCAUUACCAUUGCAUUGUGUACAGAAUUAAACACUUUUCUUCAAAA